AUGCCGAAGAACCACUCCGGUGAUAUGAUAGAGACGAACCUUUACCGGCGUUUGAGCUUUGGCCCUCUCAGUCUCGGAUCCAGCCUUGACGGAGCUGAAGAAACAAGCCUAAUUUUCGUCGGCUACCCCGGCGAGACACCUUCGGGCCUUCACGACCUUGGUAAUUUGUUUUCUUCUCCGUCGUUCUCCAUGAAGUACGGCGAGUUAUCUAGCUGCCUUGUCCUGAGUCUCGGACAAAAGAUCCAAUCGCGGACGACGGUGCCAGAUCCACACCUAUUGCCUUGUCGCCAUCAAACCCUAGAUCUGAUUUUAAUCUCUGAUUCGAGAAGCUGCUUCACCAACAUCCUCGUCGACGGCAAAACUUCCGACCACGAACCUAUUAUCAUCAUGGGCGCCGGUACGGGUAACCAAACUACGCAUCCACCACUUGCAAUCCCUACGACACCGCAGAGAAGCUGUCUCCGGGACCGACCAUCCUCCGCCCUUCUUCGGCCAAGACCGAUGCAUUCCUAUGCGAUCUUCAAAAGUUUUUGGGCUUGCCCCGACACUACUAUUGGGCCCAGUUAUAUGGCCCAUCUCUCAGCUUGUUCUUCCAAUGAGAAAUACAUAAUUUUUGGGUUGGGCCAAUUGGGUCUGGGCCCAUGUAGAAGAUGA